AUGAGCAAGAAGAUAUUUGGAUUGAAAGAUCUUCAACAUGCCCAUACUUUUCAAGAUACACCAUCGAAGAAAAAGCGAUGCAGUUUUCAGGCGGCUGCCUCAUCAAGCUUAUCCAUCGGUCCAUCCCAAUCUAAUUCCUUGGUGGAUCCUGUCUGGGAAAUAAUCGAUCCAACUCCAGAUCUGCAUGCACUUUUUCAGCAGUAUAACGAUACUUUCUUUGAUGGGAGACUAGCUGCAUGUGAGGUCAAAUGGAGUUCUCGAAUGACCUUGAGUGCGGGUUUGUGUAGUUUUGAAAGCAAGAAUAAGUUUUGUUCCAUUCGACUCAGUAAGCCACUUCUGCAAUAUCGGCCUCGAAAAGACCUGGUGGAAACAUUGCUGCAUGAAAUGAUCCACGCUUCUUUAUUUCUCUCCGACGGAAUCAAAGAUCAUGAUGGACAUGGACCAAUGUUUCAGUUCCAUAUGCGUCGUAUUAAUAUGAGUGCAGGGACAAAUAUUACUAUUUAUCAUAAUUUUCAUAAUGAAGUGAUAUAUCACCAAAAGCACUGGUGGAGAUGCACUGGACCUUGCCGGAUGCGUCCCCCUUUUCACGGUUGGGUGAAGCGAUCAAUGAACCGUGCUCCAGGCAAGAAUGAUUUUUGGUGGAAGGAACAUCAGAUGACCUGUGGAGGUAACUUUGUUAAAGUCAAAGAACCGGAAGGUUAUGGUACGAAAAGCAUAUCUGGAAUAUCGAGUGGAAAAUCUCGAUCUCAGACAUGGCAAACAUCUUUGAAUCGAUACUUCACUGGAAGAGGACAUGUUUUAGCAAAAGAGAGGGUUCCAGGAAGUAGCAAGUCAACUAGUGCUGAAAACGUCGAACCAGUUGGCCAUGACAUAAUCAUUUGUGUGCCGUGCCCAGUGUGCAAUGUGUGUGUUCCGGAAAAUACUAUCAAUUCUCAUCUGGAUUCAUGCCUCACAUGA